GGUCCUGCAGGUAACCUUAAUAAAAAAAGGUGUAAGGUUGUGUAAAUUAAGCCGUGAUCGAUGUCAGGUCUCCAAAGGCAGUUUGAGUUAUCUGGGCCAAGACUCGAGCACUGACACGCGGUAAGCAUACCAUGGUGGACUUCGUCAAUCUUAGAUUUGAAAUCUAUUAAACAAAUGUUAAAAAGAGAGGAGACGGGGAAAGCCAUGCAAUGAAGAAAUUUAUAAAGGUGGCUGAAAAGAAGUGAUCAAAAGAAACCCCAGAAAUCCGUUCACCGGCAGCUUUGUCCUAUCGUAAGCAUCACAUCACAUAACCCCAUCUUCUCAAGGUUUUUUUCCUAUAAAGCUCGCCGCACCAUCCUCGGUUCAUCUCCAACUACGCCUAAGACAUCAUCUUCUCUUUGGGUAGCAGUAGCUUAAGAAAGAGCGAGCGAGAGAGAAAGGUAGUGGAGAGAGAUGGGCAGGGCUCCAUGUUGUGACAAGGCUAAUGUGAAGAAGGGACCAUGGUCUCCUGAGGAGGAUGCGAAGCUGAAGACUUAUAUUGACGAGCACGGGACUGGUGGCAACUGGAUUGCACUGCCUCAAAAGAUUGGUCUGAAAAGAUGUGGCAAGAGUUGUAGGUUGAGAUGGCUUAAUUAUCUGAGGCCAAACAUCAAACAUGGUGGGUUCUCGGAAGAAGAAGAUCAAAUCAUCUGUAGCCUCUAUAUUAGCAUUGGAAGCAGGUGGUCCAUAAUUGCAGCCCAGUUGCCAGGGAGAACAGAUAAUGACAUCAAGAACUACUGGAACACCAGGCUGAAGAAGAAACUCCUCGGGAAGCGACGAGAUUCAUCAGAGUCUCGCCGCCUCUCCAUUAGCCAAGAUACAAAUGAGGAAACCAAUGGGAUUAGCCCUGAGACAUCUUCUCAAGCUUUGAGCACAUCGGCCCUUGAAAGGAUGCAACUCCACAUGCAGCUCCAAGGUCUCUACAAUCCCUUCUCUUUCUAUAAUAACCCUGCACUGUGGCCAAAGCUCCAUCCCUUGGGAGAUAAGCUCUUCCAUAUCCAACACACUGAUGCCAGCUCUAUUGCUGCCACCCCGGUGCAACAAGAAUCUGAUGCCACCAUGAUAGAGCCCUCUCAUCAAAACGUGUCACCGAUCAAACCCAACAUGCCGAAUCCCAUGAAUGCUAAUAUACAUGAAGACCCGAACAGCUCUACGUUAGGGUUCCCUUCGCCUUCAAUCUUCCGUACUAUCAGCAUGGACAAUUCCAACCCAAGCUUCAAUGCUGCUGCCGUGGGACUUCAAGACGAGCUCCAUGAUUUGCUUUGCGGGAAGAACGGGUGUUUCGGCAGGCAGGAAGAGCAACAACAAACUGAGCUGGACUGUUUCAGAGAUAUGAACGGCGACAAGGAGAGCAUGAAUUGGUGGGCUACCAGUGGUUUUGACGAGAAGUCGUCAUCAGUAUCCUGGGACUUUGCUUCCAAUCUCCAGCCUGACUUGCUUCAGGAAUAUGGGCUAGGGUAUGAUUUAUAGCUUUUGUUAGAGCCGAGCUUUAAGAGUCUGGUCCUAGUGAUUCUGCAUGAAGAGUCUAAGACUAAUGGUGUAAAUGUGUGAAUAAUAGUGUAUUAAUUGUUCUUCUCGCUAUAAGACAAUUAAUCAUCUAGUUUUAAGAA